AUGUCCGAGGGGCUGCUGACGCAGUGGCGCGACCGCGUGGUGGAGGCGGAGACAGAGAUCAGCGUCGUGCAGGAGGACAUCGGCGCCCUCUUGAACCGGCGCAAGGAGAUCAAGCAGGACAUCUCCCGCUACGAUAGGCUUGUGCAGCGGGAGAAGCAGGAGAUGCUGAAGCGGCUGGAGGAGGUUGAGGCGCAGGCGCAGGAGCUGGAGGACGGGUGCCAAAAAACGCUACAGCAAAAGACGCGUGUGGAGGAGGCUUACGUGCAGACGCUGGACAACUACGAGUCCAUGCACGACAGUGUGAAGGAGAUACAGCGAGGGGAGCAGCAGCUGCAGGAGCGGGAGGACGUGGAGGCCGUGCUGCAGCGGGAGAGCCUCGCGUGGGCGGAGGAAGAGCACGGCCUGCGCACAAAGCUGCACGCCCUGCAGAGUGCCCUUAAGGCGGCGCGGCGGGAGCGCCACGAGGAGGUGACGGCGCUCGACACCGAGCUGGCGGCCGCGGAGCGAGAGCUGCUGCAGGUGCGCGGCGAGCGUCAGGGGGAGAUGCAGGCGCAGCACCAGCAGCUGCAGCCCACAAAGCACGACCGUCAGGGGACGCCGCACGCCUCCACCCAGCGCGCCGCCUCCGCGUCGGCGGAAGCCAACAAGAAGGAGCAGCAGUUCAUCGCGGCGAACGCAUCUGCGAGCAUCCCGACCCGCCCGCUGCGGUCUUGCCUGAAGAACACAGGCGCCGCGACCGGCAGUUCCUUCAACGCCGCCGGUAGUAACAGCGUUUACCAAAAUGCCUCUGCGCCACACUACAAAUCCGCGCCGGCGUCAAGGGCCGUAUCGCAGUCGUUGGUAACAGGUGAUGAGGCCGUGGAUGGCGGCGUGGGCUCCACCCCUGCGACGCAGCAUCGGGCGUAUUCGUACGCCGCAGGAAAGAAGCUAGGCGGCACGAAGCGUGACAUCCUCCCACUGGGCGAUGCGACGAACCGGUAG